UUAUAAUGUAAUCAAUAUCCAAAUGAUAAGUUAUGAGAAAGAAAAGAUGAAGUUAUUCGCGCUAGCAAGGGCAAGAUGAGGGCGAAAUGCGAAUCGAUCGUUACCCAAGAGCGUCCUGCGCGCUAAUCGCUAUCCCGGCGCUAGUAUUCGCCCAUACUUUGUUCCUAUCGGAUUGACAAGCUAAUACUGUGCUUUUUUGUUUUGUUUGAAUUAUAGAAAAAAAUUUUUUAUUUAAUUAACAAAAAUGAGGGACGAAGUGAAAAUGGAUGCAAAUCGGUUAAUUGCCGAAGUUUACAAGCGGCCAGCGCUUUGGAAUCAAAGGCAUAUCUCUUAUCAUAAUCGCGAAGUGACGAACCGCGUUUGGAUGGAGAUUGCAUCGAUAUUCAAGUUACCCAAACCAGUAUUAAAAGCAAAAUGGAAAGGUUUGCGAGAUACUUUUCGAGCGGAAUUAAAAAAGGAUCAAGUUUAUCGCAAAAGUAAAUUUCAUCGAAAUAGGCCAGUAUGGAUACAUUUUAAAAGUUUGCAAUUUUUAAAAGAACAAAUGUUACCUCGUCCUCCUAUUUGGGAACGAAGUAAUUCUUGUCAAGAUGAUGAUCGGCUACCUAGUGAAAGCGAGAGCGAUGGAGCUUUGAUACAGAAUGGUUCGUCGGUAACAAACAGAAAUGUAGAAGAUCGAAAUACGAUUGCGAAUCAUCUACUGUCGAUAAAUAGCGACAACGGAUUAAAAAUCGACGCUGUCAAUCAUAUAGAUGUAAAACAAGAACCUGAGGAGAAUUUUGACAAUCUUGAAUUUCAAAGUGUUUCCGACAAUCUCACUGAAAACGAAAUGAUGUUACAAAAUAUUUCUCCUGAACAGGUGCUCAUGGGUGACAAUGACACUAAUAUUGGUAUUCCAGUAGAUCCUUUAGAAGGCAAUCGUUUUGAUGAUAAUUAUUAUUUUCUUAUGAGUCUUUUACCACAUAUAAGAACAUUGCCUGCUGACAAAAGAAUGUUACUCAGAAUGCAAAUGCAAGAACUAGUUUAUAAGGAAGUUUAUAAGAAAAAUUCGGAUGGUAUUACAGCAUCAUAAAAGAAUAUUAAAAAUAAGUAUUUUUAAAAAGAUAUCUAUAUGUGUUUUGUUAGAAUCAAUUAAAUCAUCAAAAUAUUAUUAACUAUUCGCGAUAACAUUAAUAUGAAACAAUUGUUUUAUUUAUAAAAAUUAAUCAACAAAUUAAUCAACAAAUAGGUUGAAUAACAUAAUAAAGAUCUAUAGUCUUAUUUAAGUUAAAUUUUCAACAAAUUUAUACUCCGUAGGUUGAGAAACACUGGUGCUUUCUCGUACCUGCGGGUACGACCGUGAUGUUUAGUGUGGUGUAUAUAGGUGUAGUAACGUAUUCGUGUAUUCACGACAUUCCUGUUUCGUUGCGCAUGCGUACCUGCCAUAGCUCCUCUCGACUAAUCGUUUCGUUCAUUUUCGUGUUACGAUUCGGUUGUGCUUUCGUUAGUUUGUUCGCGAUUGUCAGAGAUCAUUGUGCCCAUGCAUUUAUAAUCUUAAAUUUGAAAUUGUGCAUUUAACUAAUUUAUGUGCGGGUGUACCUGUCUGUGUCAAAGAUAUUUAUUGUAUAUAUUUUUUGUGAAUCUAUUAUCUGAUUAAGUUUAGUGUAUACAGGUGUUUACUUCAGGUGACAGAAAGGUGCAUCUGCCUCGGAUUUUCAAUUUUUAAUUCUAUAUAUUCUGUAUUUAACUAUGCAUUUGUAAGAAAUUUAUUCGCUUCUUUGUGACCGACUAUUUAAAACUGACAAAUUCAUAUAUCAGAGUAUAUAAUUUAUCUAUAUUUUAUUGAAAUUAUAUAUAUCAACUGUUCAGUUCAAGGUGAGUCAACGAACGAACAGCAAUGCAAGGAACAUCCUGCUGUUUUUUUUUUAAAUUCAUAUUCUUUAAAUAUUACAAUUUUAUGUAAAACAAAUAUUGUUUAACGAAACACAAAAUAAUAGUUAUUUUAACAAAUGAUAUUAAAUUUAAUGUAAUAUUUUAAUUUCAUUCUUAAAUAUAUUUCUGUCAUUUUUUUAGUACAGAAUAAAAAUAAGUUCUGAACAAUAGUCAAUCAGUAAAUAACAAAUUAUUUAGAUUUAAAAUAUCUAUUUAAUACUUAACUAUUUAAUAAUUAGGAUAUUUAUAUUUUUUAUUAUUAAAAAUAAUAUUUUUAAUAAUAUUUCGCAUAAAAACGUAUUGCAAUAUAUAUAUAUAUAUAUAUAUAUACUUAUAAUUGUUAAAAUUAAUUGUUGUAAUUGUAAAACGUGAAAUAUUCAUGUUGAUCAUUAUAAUAUUUUCAAAAGACAAUUUGUAAAAGAAUAUUACUUUCAUUAGAACUUAAAUAAUGGCAAAGCUAAUGAUAUUCCCAUGUCAUCAUAAUUAAGGUUAGAGAUAUUAUACGCUGUUAAGCGUUAAAUAUAUUCUUCAUCUAUACUUUCGAGCUUGCUCUAAAUAGCGUACUGGAAUCUCCCGGCGAUUUGAAACGCAUCUACGCAUUCCGUUCCGAGUGACAAGUACCUGGAAACCGAGACGCCAGUUAUCUCGUGAAUAAUUUUCGUAACUAGUCAUAAUAAUGCUAAUAAAGAUCUUUGUAUUUACAGUAAGACUUAGAAUAUUCAUUUAUAUAUUAAAAAAAAUAAAAAAAGAAAUAAUAAUAGAAAAUUUGAUAAAUUAAUUAAAAAAAUUUUGUUAUUCAUGUUAAUAAUUAAUAUGUAACUGAAAAUAUUAUAUGCAAUAUUAAAUUUAAAUGCAAUUAGUUAAUUAUUUUAUAAUCUUUUUAUACAUAAAAAAUUAUAAAUACAAACAUGUUCUAAAUGAUCGAAAAAUUAAUUGAUAUUAACGUAUAUGUUAAUAUUUAUUACCAAUAAAUUGAUGCAAAAUAUAUAUGUAUAUGAUA